GCGGCCGGCGCGACGAGCCAGCGAGCCAGCGAGCCAGCGAGCCGACCAGCGCGCGCGGCCCCUGCGCACUCGGCCUCCGCCUCCGCGCGUCGCGGCCGGAGCUGCAAUCUCGCUUCCCCGGCUCGGGUGCCGAGCUCCGCUCCAGCCGCCGCUGAGCCCUAGGCUGACGUGCGCCCUUUCCCCACCGCAACAGGUCAGGGAAGGGCGGAGGUGACGAGAGCGCACGACCGGGACUGGAGGACGAAGGGUCUGGAAGAUGAACAGUCUUGCCACUUCCCACUGACUGGCAGCAAUGGCGUUUACUGGAAGGGUCAACAGCAGUGGCAACAGCUUGUACAAUGACAACAGAAACCUGCUUCAAAUUAGAGAGAAGGAAAGACGCAACCAGGAAGCUCACCAAGAGAAAGAGGCAUUUCCUGAAAAGAUUCCCCUUUUUGGAGAGCCCUACAAGACAGCGAAAGGUGAUGAACUAUCUAGUCGAAUACAGAACAUGUUGGGAAGCUAUGAAGAAAUGAAGGAGUUCCUUAAUACCAAGUCCCACCCUCAUUGCUUGGAUGCUUCUGAAAAUAGGUUGGGAAAGCAGAAAUAUCCUGUAUUUCCUGACAAGGGGAGCCGCAUUCCAUCCAACUCCUUCCACACUAGUGUCCACCACCAGCCCAUUCACACUCCCGCCUCUGGACCACUUCCUGUUGGUAACAUUCGCCACAAUCCAAAGAUGCCGCAGCCAAGAACAGAACCAGUGUCAGGUCUCCACACCAAAAGCUAUGGCCCACCAGACAACCAUCAGCUGACCCAAGAUCGCCUUGGUCAGGAGGGGUGCAGCUCCAAUCAUCACAAAAAUGGUGACCACAGAGCUGUUGGAGACUGCUGUGCUUCAACGACAGACUCAGCUCCAGAGAAGGAGCUUUCUCCCUUAAUCUCCUCUUUGCCUUCUCCAGUACCCCCUUUGUCACCUAUGCAUUCCAGCCAGCAAACUCUUCCCAGGAUGCAAGGAAGCAGCAAGGUUCACAGCAGUAACAAUAGCAAUAAAGGCUACUGCCCAGCCAAAUCUCCCAAGGACCCAACAGUAAAGGUCCAUGAUACAGAGACCCCUCAGGACAGUUUGGCGGUUGCCAGCCUUGGGGUAGCUCCACCCCAGCCACCUUCUCAGACAUUUCCUCCCCCCUCGCUCCCCUCAAAAAGUGUUGCAAUGCAGCAGAAGCCCACAGCUUAUGUCCGGCCCAUGGAUGGUCAAGAUCAGACUCCUAGUGAGUCUCCUGAACUGAAGCCAGUGCCAGAGGACUACCGACAACAGACCUUUGAAAGAACAGACUUGAAAGUGCCUGCCAAAGCCAAGCUCACCAAACUGAAGAUGCCUUCUCAGUCAGUUGAGCAGACCUACUCCAAUGAAGUCCAUUGUGUGGAAGAGAUUCUGAAGGAGAUGACCCAUUCAUGGCCUCCUCCUUUGACAGCAAUACAUACGCCUAGUACAGCUGAGCCAUCCAAAUUUCCUUUCCCCACAAAGGAUUCUCAGCACAUCAGUUCUGCAGCCCAAAACCAAAAACAAUAUGAUACAUCUUCAAAAACCCACCCUAAUUCUCAGCAGGGAACAUCCAUGCUCGAAGAUGAUCUUCAGCUCAGUGACAGUGAAGACAGUGAAAGUGAACAAACCCCAGAGAAGCCUCCUUCCUCAUCUGCACCUCCAAGUGCUCCACAGUCGCUUCCAGAACCAGUGACAUCAGCACGUUCCAGUAGUGCAGAGUCAGAGAGCACCAGUGACUCAGACAGCUCCUCAGACUCGGAGAGUGAGAGCAGUUCAAGUGACAGCGAAGAGAAUGAGCCCCUAGAUGCCCCGGCUCCUGAGCCCGAGCCUCCAACGACCAACAAAUGGCAGCUGGACAACUGGCUGACCAAAGUCAGCCAGCCAGCCGUGCCACCUGAGGGCCUUGGGAGUGCAGAGCCCGCACGCCGGCGCCCAGAUAGCAAGGGUGCCAGCGACAGCAGCACCACCUUGAGUCAGGAGCAUUCUGAACCCAAAGAUCCUCCCCCCAGAAACUCCAGCAAAGCCCCCCGUGGUCCUUCUGAAGGCUCCCAACUUGGGAAGAGAAGCUGUCAGAAGUCUCCUGCACAACAGGAGCCCCCGCAGAGGCAAACCGUUGGAGCCAAACAACCCAAAAAACCUGUCAAGGCCUCUGCCCAGGCAGAUUCGCGGGCCAGCUUGCAGGUGGACAGUGAGCCAGGGCCGCUUCCCCACAGCUCCAAAGCUCAGGCUUCCAAAGACAAGCCCAAGGUGAAGACGAAAGGAAGGCCCCGAGCUGGAGGAAGCAGAGAUCCCAAGCCAGCCGCGCCCACACCUAGUGAGAAGAAGCAGCACAAGAGCAACCCCCCGGAGCCCCCCAAGGCGCUCUCGGGCCCAAACCCCGCGAAGGACAAUGUGGAGGACAAGAGCCCUGAGCACUUUGCUCUUGUCCCCCUGACCCAGAGCCAGGGCCCAGCCCGCAGUGGCAGUGGCGGCAGCAGCAUCAGGACUAGUGGCUGCCGACAAGCCGUGGUUGUCCAGGAGGACAGCCGCAAAAACAAACUCCCAUUGCCUUUGAGAGACUCCAAGUUGCUCUCGCCGCUCAGGGAUACUCCUCCUCCCCAAAGCUUGAUGGUGAAGAUCACCCUAGACCUCCUUUGUCGGGUACCCCAGCCCCCUGGCAAGGGCAGCCGCCAGAAGAAGCCAGAGGAUAAGCAGCUGCCCACCGGGAAGAAGCUUGAUUCUGAGAAGAGAAGCUCAGACAACUCCAGCAAGUUGGCCAAAAAGAGAAAGGGUGAAGCAGAAAGAGAAUAUGAUCAUAAGAAAAUCAGAGUGGAGAAAGAAAUCAAAUCACAGUCCUCUUCAUCUUCCCACAGAGAAUCUUCUAAAACAAAGACACCCAGGCCCUCCUCAGAACCCUCAAAGAAGGAAAUGCUUCCCCCGCCACCCGUGUCCUCCUCCUCCUCCCAGAAGCCAGCCAAGCCUGCACACAAGAGGUCAAAGCGGGAAGCAGAGACCUGUGGCCAGGACCCUCCCAAAAGUGCCAGUAAUAUCAAGAACAACCACAAAGACUCUUCCGUUCCCAAGCACAGAAAAGUAGAGGGGAAAGGCUCUGGAAGCUCUACAGAACACAAAGGGUCUUCUGGAGAUAUUGCAAAUCUUUUUCCAGUGCCUUCUUUGCCAAAUGGUAACUCUAAAUCAGGGAAGCCUCAAGUGAAGUUUGACAGACAACAAGCAGAUCUUCACAUGAAGGAGGCCCAAAAGUUGAAGCACAAAGCAGAAUUAAUGACAAACAAGGUUGGGAAAGCUUUUAAGUACUUGGAAGCCGUCUUGUCCUUUAUUGAGUAUGGAAUUGCCAUGGAGUCUGAAAGCCCGGCAUCGAAGUCAGCUUAUUCGGUGUUCUCAGAUACUGUAGACCUCAUUGAAUUGAUAAUGUCAUUAAAAUCCUUCUCAGAUGCCACGACACAAGAGAAAAUAUUUGCUGCUUUAUGCAUGCGCUGCCAGUCCAUUUUGAACAUGGCGAUGUUUCGUUGUAAAAAAGACGUAGCAAUAAAGUAUUCUCGUACUCUUAACGAACACUUCAAGAGUUAUCUCAAAGUUGCCCAGGUACCUUCUCCAUGCAUUGCAAGAAGCACAGGCACACCAUCCCCUCUUUCCCCAAUGCCUUCUCCUGCUGGCUCUGUAGGGUCCCAGUCAAGUGCUGGCAGUGUGGGGAGUGGGAUGACUGCCACCAUCAGCACCCCAGUCACCAUCCAGAAUAUGACAUCUUCUUAUGUCACCAUCACAUCCCAUGUCCUUACUGCCUUUGAUCUUUGGGAACAGGCUGAGAUCCUUACAAGGAAGAAUAAAGAAUUCUUUGCUCAGCUCAGCACAAAUGUGUGCACCUUGGCCCUCAACAGCAGUUUGGUGGACCUGGUGCAGUAUAUGAGACAGGGUUUUCAGCAGCUAAAACAAGUAACCAAAACACCUUAACAGAGGCCCAAGUUAAUUCAAUGCCUUCGGAACUUUUUUUUGCACAUUGGAAGCCUCAAAAGCAGUCUGGACAUUUGUCUCAUCAGGACACCAAACUUGAGAAGAGAAGCACCAUGAGAUGGCCAGGACAUUUGUCCACUUCAACAAAUGAUCACACAGUUCUUGAUAGUUUGGCACCAUGGUUAUUCAGAAGCAGAGAUGAGGAGGCUGGCCCCAGAGACGAUCUUGCCUUUCCUCACUGAAGGACAGAAGUGCAAUGUAGCCUGAAUGAGCGUAUGAAUGGUCUAGAAACAUUUCCAUGUUGUUUUUUUUUUUAACCAGCAGGAUGCAAAUUGCAAGUGAAAUGAGGAGAAGCAAUUUCACAUCAUCUCAGUAGCCACACUAGUUCAUUUCCAGAAGGGGAAAUUUUUUUAAACAAUGAGUUUUGGUGAAGGGUUUUGUGGAUGAUUUUUUUCUUUUAAAUUUUGGGAGAAAUAUUUGUUUGAUAAAUUCUAAUGGCCAUCUGUAAUUGAUAAGUUGUGAAGAACUCCGCUGUACCCCACUUUCUGCCAGUGAACAGUGACUUUGAUAAUACCAAGUAUUGUGAUAUAUAAAAUUGAAGGCAACCCCCCAUUGCCUAGAGUACUGCACAUUCACCCCAGCUCUGAUUUCUGUCACUGCUGAAAGUCACCCCAAGUCGGAGCAGUGGAGAGAGGAGCAGCAGCACAUGGGGAGCCACCUCAGGAUCUCCGUGCACUAUGGGGACUUGGCACUGCCAUUCCCACACCCUGCUUCAGUGAAAGGGACUAUCUGACAAGGCAGUCACCAUUGACUGUGUUCUGAAUUUCCCACGUUGGGGAAGAAGGAACCAACAUUUGUACCUGACCAGAUGGCAAAAGUGCUUUUUAAUUUUUAAGUUGUGCUGUAAUUAGAAGUGCUGAUUUGUGGUCUAACAUGUGGAAACUCAUGUUGUCUAACCAACUCACAGCUUUGUCAGUGAACAAAGAAAAAUGAAAUUUAUUUCUUAGAAAGGCUAUAUUUUUCUGCUACAAAUUAUUUUAUAUUUAUAGCAAAACUAGACUUUCAGAGUCCUCGAUUGUCUAGGGGAAAGUAACUUCCUGAGAGGAUGUGAUUUGGGGUGGUUAAUUAGACUUUUUAAAAAAUUGUCACCACAUGCCUUCACUCCAGAGUGUUCUCAAUCAACUAGGUUUGAUUAGGUUGAAGAAAAACUGUGGCCUUUCCCGGAAGUGAUUGCCAUACUGUAUACAUUAAUCCGAGUUCAUUUUGAAUGACCUAAAAUGAAAGAGCAUAGUCAGAAUUCCCACACACCCAUAAACACAUAUUUUCUGUUUUGGUAAGAUUUUGAAGCUUAUCAUUGGAAACAUUUUGAGUGCAGUGUUUUUAAAAGCUAAUUCUUUUUAUCCCUUUUAGAAAGAAGUAGAAUUUGCACAUGUAUUAAAAUUGAGGAGUGAAUGUUAUCUCUAUUACUAAUUGAUUUAUUUUCCUCUCUCUUCAUCCUGUUCUGCCUCUCUAUAUGUUGUUUCUUACCAAGCAUUGUUUCACAUUUAUUUAUUAGUGAAGAAGGGAGAACCAUCUUUAUUUAUAAUGAAGACACCUAAGGUCCCUAAGAUGAAUGUAAGAAUUUCCUUGGUGGUUCGGCAAAUAUUAAAAGGGAUGUGUAGAGGAUGGGAAUGACGCUGGUGUUUGCGUGAAGCUUUCCUCCAGUCUCUUCUCCAGCCUGUUCUUUUGUUGUCGUGAGCUGGUCCAGAGGUCUGUUACCUCAUGUUUAGAUUGAAGCCAGAGAACGACAGCAGUAGUAAUGUCUGAGCAUAAGAUGUUUGAUCCUGGUGAACCAGUUUCAUUUAUUGAUGUUCUAAAGCAGAUCCAUGAUCUUUUUCAAACUACUCAUUUAAAAAACUUGUUAAAAGAACAAUAAUUGCCUAGUAGGCUGUACGCUUGUGGCAUUGUGUGUCCAUCUCUUAUAUGUAGGGGACAAGGCACCAGAAUCAGGCUUAUGUGAUUAUUUAACAUCUUUCUUUUUUCUUACUCCCUUGGCUGUCCCCUCCCCGUUUACCCUAUCACUCCCUAAAACAAGCCACCUGUCACCUGUGAGGGGUUGUGGUCUUUAUGCCAGGUUCUGAUCUGUGCAGAUAGUGCCGGAGCUUGUGUGUGUUCCAUCUGCAAGCCACUGUGCUCCCUUAACUGAAGACAUUUUCAGGUAGAUUUCUCAGCCAUUUGAAAAGAACAGAUUGCUUUUUCAGUGGCCUUCAGCUUUGUGGUCUUUUUUUUUUUUUUUCUCCUUCCUAAUUCUGUAUUAAAAUUUUAUUUGUCCCUUGAAAAUCUAAUGAAUUUACAUAGAUCGAUUUGUACUAUCUUGGUUAUUAGAUAUUUCCAAUUCUUACUGCACCCCACAUCAUACCUAAAAGAAUUCCUGAUGGCUACCUUUUUAAUGGAGUACGUAAAAGGUAGAGGCUGAUGAACCCUUAUUCAUAAGGUCUUUUUGCUGUUACAGUUGUAUAUAGAAAUGUAAAGGAUUUUUUAAAUCAUUUGCACUUUUUCACUGCAUGCUUACAAUUCCCAAAGGCAAAAUUUGUACUGAGGUAGAUAAUUUUAAAGGACUAGAUUAUAAAAUUAAGCCUUUGAAUAUGUGAAGUUCUUAUAACAAUACACACUUCACAAUAAGACAAAUACAAAACAUCUUAAGGAGUGAAAGUAGAGUGUAAAUCUUGCUUUUGGCACUACAGAGUGUGUGUGUGUGUGUGUGUCUUUAAUAGGAAACAGAAGAACAGUUUUACUUUUAAAAGUUUUGAUGUUUCUGUCCUUUCUGGAGAUAAUUAAAAUGUGAAUCAGUGAACUUAAAAACUCUGCUAAAUAAUGAAAAUCACUUUACUAAAAUUUAGCAAAUUACACAGGGUUAAAAUUGUAAAAACAUAGGCCACAUGGUAGCAGCAGUGAAGAGGGGGAGGGUCCAAGUAGUUAUCAGGAAUAGAAUAACAGUAGGAGGAUAAUUUGACUGCCUGAUAUGAUUUGAUCACAGUACUGAAUGGGAAAAGCAUCCGAUUUUUUUUUUUUUUUAAGCAAAAGGACCUUUAUUUUAUAGAUCUGUUUUGACCAAAACGUGUAGAUAUUUUCUCUAGACAGUUAGACCACACUUAUUUCCCAUGUUCUGUAACCAGAUCUCAGGAUGUUUAGAAGCUAACCAACUCUACCCUUCCUGGCUAAAGCUUGCCUUAAUUGCUACCUUCCAUGUUGUUAGUAGGAUCAGAAACUAUUUUAUUAUGAUUCCUAUUUAAUAAUUUUUAAAAGCAAAAAAAUUAUUGUGUUCUCUACAAUGAACAAGAAUAUCUCUGAUAUAUGAAGGCAUAUAUAUAUAUAUACAUAUAUAGAGAGAAUAAGAGGCUGGUUGAAUUUGAUAUAUUUAUUGUGCCUUUGUUUACCAAACCUAACUUUCAAAUAAUGUUGUAUUUGUUUUGCCAUGGCUAUGAGGGAUGUUACCUGGAUUUCACACCUUUUACUCUUCUUUGUGUAGUUUGAGGUGUAUUUGUGCGUCUUGAGGUAAAUGAAUCAAAUAAUAUUUGAGGGUAGGUUUUUUUUUAAUGUACUUAAAAAAAAUCGCCUUGCCUCCUACUGUAGAUUCUCUUUUUUGUUAAUGAUUUAUUUUCCCAAACACUACAAAAAAUCUUUGAAAAACUUUGCCACUCCAUCUAUUGCACUAUUUACCACUGAUUACCAGUAUUUAAAUCUUGCAGAAACUCUUUUGGGCUUCUUUUAGAAACACAGCCGUAGACCUCCUCACUGGAAAAUGAGAGGUCUGCCUUUCAGCUGUGGAGGGAGGCCAGGGUCUAUUAUGGCGGUACUGGUUCUUUUUCUUCUUUCCUCUAGUGGGUUGCCUCUUUUCUUUUUGGUCUCAUUUAGAACUGAUGGAUGUAAGGUAUUUCCUGUGCCUCUUUUUUUUUUGUCAUUUUGUUGUGGAGAGGUAAUGGCAGAAUAACAUCAUGGUGUUGGGGGUUUUCCUUCCAACAUUACAAGUGGUAUUCCUACCAUGGAAACCUCGAAUAUGCAGUCCAGUUGUGUUGGUUUCUCAGUGACUGAGAAUGCACAUCUCUUCAUGAAUUGUGAGCACUGGCCAUAUUCUUUAGUUCCUGCUUAUAAUAAGUUGACAAACACCAUCUACCGUUUUUCUUUAGGUGGCCGUAAAUUUCUUAUUGUUCUGGGGGAAAUCACACUAUAUUCUGUCCCACUGUGCAUAAGGUAUCAACAGGUACUGUCAUGGCACUUCUCUACCUAAGAGGGCAGGAGGGAGACCCCGUAGCUCCUGAUGAGCCUAUAUAUUGAUUUACCGGCCUGGGAGGACACGGGAGUAAGACCACUGACAGGCUGGCUGAGCUGCACUGGUUGGACCAGGCAGUGGUGGCUGACCGAAGGAAGAUAACUUGCUUUGCUUAAAAGUAGAUGUUUAAGCCAUGCUUAACACAGGCAGUAUUAACUUCACCUUUUGUUCAGGCCAUCAAGAUGUAUUGUUAAAAUUACUGCACACACACUCCCCCUCAGAUAUCAAGUAUGCUGUUCAUGUUGGGACGGGGUGUGUGUGCAUGUGUCCCAAAUCGUUUAAAAUUUUUUUGUGUGUGAAUGUGAUCAUGUUUUGGAUGAUACCUGAGCAGGGUUGCCUUUUUUAUUUAUUACCAUUAUAUAUUAUAUUAUAUAUUUUUGCUUUCAUUAACUUUAGAGGAAAGCCAAAUCUUGGUAUUAUUAAAAUUGUUUUAAAAAGGAAUAAACUGUCCAGUUGGUAAGUGAAAAUACUGGUCUAUCUUUAAGAUAAUGAGUUUUUCUUUAAUAACUGUGGAAUAAUGUGCCAGCUGUUGUCAACACAAAGAUUUUGUACAUAGGAUAGGGAAGCAGUGAUGCUCUCAAUGGGAAGAUGUGCAACGCGAACUACUAAGGGCAACUCCAUGUAUUUUAACUACUUAGCAAUGGAACUGCAACUUGGGGCUUCUGUGAAAAAAAUUUAGCUGCCUUGUAUAGUCCUUUGAAAGAGACAUGAUCUACAAGAGAAUUUUACUUUGUUUUUUUUUUAGGAGAAAAAUUUGCAAAAGAUCUUUUCCAAAGAUAUGUGCCACAGAUCUUUUGUUUGUUCAGUGUAAUGAGGAUUAAUUGCUGUUUAAAAAAAUGUAAUUGACUUGUUCAUCUUCAAAUUCUUUCCUUUUCACAAGAGGAUCGAGUUGUUAAAAAAAAAAAUUAAUAAAAACAGAGAAAUCAUUGGGGUUGAAUCCA